AUUAUAUCUCCUAUUUUAAUGGUUAAAAUGUCUGACUCGCAAAAAACGACAAAAAAAGAACUUCGAUUAUUUUCUAAAAAACGGAAACUUGAAUCAUUUUUAGAAUUAAUCAAAGAUGAUCGGGAGACCUCAAAAAAGUUGCGUUUAAAAAAAUCCAAAAAUGAUAAAAAAAAAAGUUCCAGUAACAAUCCCAGAAAAGACCACAAAAUUGCCACUAAAACUUCUACCAGUACCAGUGAUGAUGACAUCUCCAAAGAAAGUACAGAAGACAUCAACAAAGAUAAUAAACUGGACGUGACCAAAGAUAGUGAAUGUGAUUCGCCCCCAUUUAAAAAAACUAAACUAAAUCUGUCUGAAGAUGAGAUGAAAAAAAUAAGAGAAGAAAUAAGAUUGAGACAGAAAGCUGCCAUGGAAUUCCCAAAGAUAUUUUUAACACUGGACCCCCAUACAUUCAAGCACCAACCUCACACACAUGACGGCCGACCGAUACUAUACAUUCAAGAUAUACAACAUUUGAUACUGCACGCGACUCAAGGACAUACUACUAGCUAUAAACCUAGGUGGUGUAAGCUAUUAAGAACUCAAAAAGUUUCAAAAGUCCUCCUCAUUAUUGUUGAUGGUGCUUCUUGCCAAGAUUAUUACACCGACAGUUCCAUGUCUUUUUUGAAGGCUAACUUUGAAAUGAGCCUGGAAUUCAUAAGCCCCUCCCAAUAUUCUCGCUCUCUCACUGGCGAACUGUUCAACAUUCCAGUCAGUAACAGGAAGUCCUUGGAUGAGUUUCAACAAUCUGGCUUCAAGACAAGCCUCUCAAAAUCGUGCAGCGUCGACAACAACAACAACAACGUCACUAACGUAGGCAACAACAACAACGACAAUAUCAACAAAAACAUCAACAAACGCGACACUGAUGAUGCUAAAGCAGACGCAACAAACAACAACAACAUUAACAACAACAACAACACCAGUAAUUACUACUACAACAAUUUUUUCAACAACACAUUCAAGCCGCCAAACGACAAGACAUCAACGUCAGUAGUGGCAUCGCCGAUGACGUCAUCUGUGACGUCACCGCUACCAGCUACUAAAUUUGAUUUGAUGUUGACUGUUGAUGAGAUGAAAAUGGAAGGAUACACUCUGCCAUUGGCUCAUCAUGUAAAAUCAGGAAAGUAUGUUUUUUCAAAAGAUACGUACAUUGUGCCUAGCGAUAAAAGCCCUAUAUUUGCCGUGGACUGCGAGAUGGUUGAAACAUUGAAGAGCCAAUCGGAGCUUGCCUGGAUAUCAGUCGUGAAUGAGGGUAUGGAGUGCAUCUAUGAAUCUCUCGUUAGGCCCGAAUAUCCCGUCACUGAUUAUCUUACUAGAAAACUUACAACCACAAUAUAA